AUGGAUAGUAUUGCAGUUUUUGUUCAGUACAAUGGUUUUUGGAAUGAUAAGUUGAAAUACACAGAUUUUGCUGUUAAAGGACUUCUAAUUCCAACAGAUUGUAGCAUGCAACAUCUUGAAGAAUUACUGGCCAAACAGCUACAAAUAGAUUUAGAAGACACAAAUAUGCAAAUCAAGUAUCAGGUCAAAGAAGACUAUCCACCAAUAAUAAUACAAGAUGAUGAUGCUUUAAAUUUCUACUUUAAGAUGAAAGGAAAAUCAACAGAUCCAACACACUUUCCACUCUGCAUUGAAAUUGAACAAACAAUAAGAGAUCUAUCAUUGUAUGUAUCAUCGUCAAGAUCAACACACCAGAAUGUCAACAGAAAUUCAACAGUCUGUGAACUCCAAGAGAAUUCAACAAAUGUUGAUAAUUCUAAUUCAGUUUCAAAUAUAUUUCAGUAUGCAAUGGACAUGGGAAAUCUGUUAGAUGAGGAUCAAGAAGUGCAGAGUCCUUACAUAGAAAGUACGAUCAUUAAUGAAAUAAAGGCGACAGAAAUUGAAGAAGGUCAAAAAUACAAAGACAAGAACACACUAAAGACUAUACUAAGCAUUUACGCGAUCAACAAUCAUUUUCAGUUCAGAUCUUACAAGUCGUGCAAAAUUGAGUACAUAGCAAUAUGCAAUGAGCCUGGCUGUGAAUGGAAAUUGAGAGCGUCGAGAAAUAAAAAAUCAAGUGUAUUCAUUGUGCGAAAAUUUAACAAUGUACACACUUGCAAAGUUGGGGAAAGGAUGGCCGAUAAAAGGCAGGCAACAUAUGAUUUGGUUGGAAACUUCAUAAAGGAUAAGUACUCAAACUUCAAGACUGUUUACACGCCUGCCGAUAUUAUUAGAGAUAUGAAGAAGGAAUAUGGAGUCGAACUAAGCUACCAAACAGCAUGGAGAUCAAAAGAGAGGGGAUUAGAGCUCACGAGAGGACAUCCAGCUGAUUCAUACAAAUUGCUGCCUUCUUAUCUACACGCGCUGAAAACAACAAAUCCCGGGACUGUUGCUGAAUUGGAAACAAGAGAAGACAGAUUUCUUUACGUUUUCAUAUCCUUGAAUGCAUCAAUUAAAGGAUGGGGUUUUUGCAAGCCGAUAAUUGUAGUCGAUGGUACGUUCCUCAAAGCAGCUUAUGGAGGAACUCUUCUAACGGCAGCUACUCAAGAUGCAGCAAAUAAGAUUUUUCCUCUUGCAUUUUGUGUGGUAGAUUCUGAAAACGAUGCUUCGUGGGAGUGGUUUUUUAACAAACUUAGAGAAACAUUCGGCGUAAGGGAAGGAAUGUGCAUUAUCUCGGAUCGACAUGACAGUAUUAAAAAAGCAAUUGAAAACCAAGAUAUAGAAGAGCGAAAGGUGAAAUCAGAGAACAAUUUUUUGGGGCAGCCAAAGCUUACACGAUUGAGCAAUUUGAAAAACACAUGGCGGAACUUGACAAAUUUGACCCCAAAAUAA